GUAAGGCAAACGGGCAAAGCAUUGGAUGACACUGAUGCUUGGUCAAAGAAGAAAAGGGGACGUGCGAAUGCAAUUACGCUUACAGCACAAGGUGAUGAGGCUGAUGAGUCGAUCGCUGAUGAUGCGUCUCCUAUGGCUGAAGGUUCUGAUGACACUUCUCCUACAGGGCAAGCUUCAAACUCCAUGUCUAUCCCUGACACCUUGUCUUGUGAACAGAGAAUUAUCUAUGAGAAUCCACGGAGUGGAAUGUAUCAUUUGAAGAAGCUGCUGGCUGCUCGAUGGGUGGAAGAUCUGCGGAAGCAACACGUGCUACCUAGAAAUGAGAACGAGAAAUACAAGGACAUGCUACUGUUGAGUGGCGAUUACUCGUUGCGACGUACAGAUUGCUCAGGAAAUACUGCAGGACAAGCGGGUGUCGAGAAGGUGGAGCCGAAAACCGAGCACAAAUCUUUCACUGACACGAAUUCUAGCUCAAGCUCAGUGGCCAACGGCGAGGCAGAAUCUGAGGACGAGAGCAGUGGUUUAUGUCCUGAAAUGAGAGCUCUCUGGAGAGAACAUAACGAGGAACGUGCAAAUAUGGUGAACCGGAUGUACAAAGAGAGGGUGAAAUUGCGACUCUUCUGGGAACAGGAGCUGCUUCGAAUGGAGCAACGAGAAAAAGGCACAUCACCCGUAAUGUCAGCUGUUAGGUUUCUUCGUGAAAACGAGAUGUGCAAUGCUCAAAUAUUGGAGGAAACAAAUGAGCCUCUGAAACCAAUGAAUCGCAGUGAAUUCGAAGAACGGAAGAACAAGUCGAUCAAUCAAAUGUACAAUAGGCAUAGGAUGGAAGCCAGCUCACUCUUUGGUCUGCAGCGCGACUUGUGGUUGUGUGAAGCUCGCCGUCGCGGCCUAGAGGUGAAUCCCGAAUGCAUCAAGGAAUGCGUUCCAAUGGUUAAGGCUGAGAAAACGGAUUUUCCUUACUGA